CCCAGGGCAGGGGCGCUGACGAUGCGCUCGAACCCUCCCAACACAGAGUUCCGUCGCUUCUAUGAGAGGGGCGACCUGCCGAUCGCCGUGGAGCACAGCGGGGCUGGGAAUCGAAUCCAGUGGAAAGUGGACAUUGAGAAGUUGGAUUACCAUCACUACCUUCCGAUCUUCGUUGACGGCCUUCGGGAGAAAGAGGAGCCCUACCGCUUCCUUGCAAUCCAGGGGACCUUCGAUAUGUUGGAACACGGGGGAGGAAAGAUCCUGCCUGUCAUCCCCCAGCUCAUCAUUCCCUUCAAGACGGCGCUCAACACAAGGGACCCCGCAGUGAUCGUCGUCGUCCUCAAGGUCCUCCAGCAGCUCGUGAUCUCGGGCGACAUGAUAGGAGAGGCCCUGGUCCCCUACUACCGGCAGCUCCUGCCGAUCUUCAACCUGUUCAAAAACAACAAUGUUAACGUGGGUGAUAAGAUUGUCUACAAUCAGAGAAAGCGCGUGAACCUGGGCGACCUGAUUCAGGAGACGUUGGAGCUGUUUGAAGCGAACGGAGGGGAAGACGCGUUUAUCAACAUCAAGUACAUGGUGCCCACCUACGAGAGUUGUGUG